AUGGCGUCAUCCGGUGAUAAUGCCAGAGUAAAGGUUUGUUAACUUUCUGGUAGAAUAAGCCUUCGCUUUCUUUCUCUUUUAAUUGAAAAUACUGCAUUUUUUUGUUCCCUGAAGGGUGUCACAGUCAUAAAACCUGUAAUAUUUGGAAAUGUGUCUCAUUACUUUGGAAAGAAACGUGAAAGCGACGGCCAUACUCAUGGUUGGACAGUUUUUCUUCGCCCUUUCAAAAACGAGGUUCGUACGUCUGCCAAAUUUCUCGCCAGUGGCUCUGAAAAGGCAGUUGAUUAUAUCUCAAAUAGAACUAUGGAAGUAUUGAAAAUAAAAUUACAUCUGAAGAAGAAUAAUCGAAGUAUUCAAAAUGUGGUUGUUUUUUAUAGGACAUGUCCAGCUAUGUAAAGAAAGUCCACUUCAAACUUCAUGAAAGUUAUGCUAAUCCCUUAAGAGGUAAGAAAUUCGAGGGGGGAUGGCGAGAUUAUAAGAGAAAGAUGAACAAAGAGACAGUCACUGACUGACUGAUCAACAGAGAUGGACCUGUAGACAGAUGCACUACAGACAGACAGAGAUUCACAGAUAGACAGACAGUCAAACAAAUCACAAAUUAGAGGAAUUGAUGACGAUAUGAAGGUUGAUGUAACAUGAAGACAGAGUUUAAGAGACAGACAGAUGCAUAAACAAAGGAAACAUACGUAAAUCAAAGCAGUAAGAUUUCCGUAUAGCCCUAUACUGUUGUCAAACAAAGCCUUAAUCCCAAAGACAAUUUAUUGUUUUUGCUAUUGUUUUCUUUAUUCAAGAACUGUAUGCAUGAUGAAUUAUAGGGCUGUGUGGAAAUUUUACCAUCAAAACUGCAUAGAUGCACAACUGAACAGAGAGACGUAACAACAGACAGAUACUGGGUAGAUGGAUAAACAAGAAAAAAUUUAAAACAAGAAGCCUUCUUCUUCUUCUUCUUCUUCUUCUUUUUUUUUUUAACCCUUUUACACCCUAUGAUUCAUAUUCUCCAUACUUUUCUUGGUACAUUUACUAAGGUGCUGAAUAGGAGAAUUUGUCUAACAAUCAAGAGUCUCUUUAGUUAGUGAUCAUUUACUUUAUUCUCAUAACAUUAAUGUGUAAUUCAGUGGUGAUAUUGUACUUGGAGAAAUUAGAUGCUAGUCAUACUUUGGGGUAAAGGGUUAAAUUCUUCCCCAAUUUUGUUAUAAAUACUUGAAUUGAAGAAGCUUUGUCUUUAUAGCAAUUUGAUUUGAAACUUUGCUUCUUUUUGUUGGACUUGUGAAUUAGAGAAGGGUGACAAAGGGUUGAUAUUUGAUGCUUUACACUCUAACAUGAGAAUGUAUAUUCUCCAUACUGUUCUCUAUACAUUUCCUAAGGUGCUGAAAAGGAGAAUUUGUUUAACAAUCAAGAGCUUCUUUAGUUGGUGAUAAUUUUCUGUAUUCCCUUGAUCUUAAAUGAAUGAUUCAGCAGUAUUAAUGUGAGGAGAAACUAGAUGCUGGUCACUCUUAGGGUUUAAAGGGUCAAGGCUCAAACUGAUUUGUGCUGCAAGAAUUUACAUUAAUUUUCUCUUUCAUUUUAUGAAAACCUCAAGAGUUCCCUGAGACCUUGUACGUAAGAAGAGAGAUUUGAAGUUUAUCCUUUCAAAUUUGCUCUGUGUGAGAAUUGUUGGUUAGAGUAUUAUGUGAAGUAUGAAUUUGUCUAAAAUUUGUGCAUAAAACAAGAUAAGGACCCUUUUACCACCCUCUUAGAGGUGGUGCUUUGCCAUAGCAUUUAACUGUUUGAGUCAUGUGCUGGGACAUGUCUACCAACAUUUUUUUUUGUUACAGUGGUAACAAAGCCUCCAUAUGAAGUGAAUGAGUCUGGUUGGGGAGAAUUUGAAAUACAGAUCAAAAUAUUUUUCAUGGACCAAAGUGAAAGACCGGUUAGUUCACCUUCUAUGUAGACCUCAAAGUAUUUACAAAACUGUAACUUCGGAAAGAUUGAUUUAUCUCAUUAAAUUUCCUCAGAAUGUCUCUGAUUCUUUUAUAUAUCAUUGCACAUUCAUGCAAUUGCAUAUAUAUUAUUUCUAGGUUAUCAUAUGUUUUGUGAUUAUGAGCAUUUAAAGACAGUAAAUUUCAAAAUGUUAUGGUAUAUAAGGGAAACAAUACCAAAUUGGUUUUGAUAGAUCAAGUAAAUAUGAGAGAAAGAAAGAAUGCCAUGGUAACCUAAGAGGCUAUGUUAGGGUUUCUGCAUGGUCGAACAUUUUACACAUGGAUUUCCUCAGCUGGUCACUUACAAUGCUUGUCCAUAUUUUUAAUCCCUUCAACUCCCAGAAGUGAUAAACAUGUAACUUCUCCCUAUAAUUUUGAUACAUUAUCCUGCAAACAGGUAAUGAGAAUACUCAAACUUAUCAGGUAGAAGUUGUCAUCUAGAUCAAACACCAAUUUCUUGUGCCUAAUUUACAAAGAAAUGUGUAGCAGCUAGAGGGGAGAAUUAACAAUCAGAUCUUGGGAGUUAAAGGGUAUUACCUCAUUGUUCAUCCUCAAAUUACUGUUUAUUUGAUCCUCUUAAUUUUUUAUCCUUUUUUAAUCUUGUGCAUCACACUAUUUUAUUUGUGGUUUCUCUGCAUCGCAUUUAAUGAGCACAUUAAAAAAAUCUUUGUAAAUCCUUUUUGUUUAAUGCCUACAUUUGGUAUGAAGUUUCUUCUGACAUUCAGUUUAAAAAAUGUUUGUGUUGUAAUUUUUUUUCUACAGGUUACAUUUUAUCACCUUUUGAAGCUUUUCCAAACAGAAUCUGCACUUGCCUCUGGAAAAAAACAGCUGGUUUCUGAAUUCUAUGAUGAAGUUGUAAGUAGGACAUAUGUGUUUGGCUAUGUUUUUUCUUCCAAUUGGACCAAGCAUUUUAGCAGUUGAAUGUCUUAAUCCAUGUAUUUUUGUAGAUUUUUCAGGACCCCACCCAGAUGAUGCAUCAAUGUUUACUCAGUGCAAGACAGUUGCAACCCAUAAAACAUGAGUCUGACUGUAAGAACGUUUUUUGAAUUUUUUCAUUUAUUUUGAGACUGGAAAGUAACUAAUGGAGUAGACUUAUUGGGUUGUUUUUCCUAAUAAAAAUAAUAAUAAUAAUAAUAAUAAUAAUAAUAAUAAAAAUAAUUAUAAUAAUAAAAAUAAUUAUAAUAAUAAUAGUAAUAAUAAUAAUAAUAAUAAUUAUCCAGUGGAAAUUGAAUUAAGCAGGUUGAUCACUUAGGACCAAGUGGAGUCCAAUUUGGUCUGCAAUCAAACACAUUAGUGAUUGACAAAAUUGGACCGUAAAGUAAGAGUCUGAUUUGUUAAUCUCGAAUAUGAUUACUGACAGAAUUGGACAACAAGAUGUUGUGUUACGAAUUAAUCAUAACCAUUUAAAUUUCUGAAAAAAACAAAUACACCUAGAAAAAAUGUCUCCAGUAGAGACAAUGUCUUUAUUAAAAAAUUCCUCCAUUUUGGAGAUUCCCCAGUUUUUCUUUGGAUAAGAGGUUGUUGCCAUGGUUAUUUUGAUCAUUUCUGUGAUUUGUGGAUUAGCUUAGUGGACCUAGUAUGAUUGGCUACUUCAACUGUUGGAUUACAGGUGUCCAAUUACAGCCAACUGUCGAAUUACACUGUCCAAUUAUAACAACUACAAAAUGAUUAGUGAAAAAUGAAGCUGCAAAUGCACCAAUAAUAUUUGAGGAAUUUGUAAUGGUUAUGAUUAAUGCAGGUUCUACAGAACAGGGUUGUUAUAACAGCAACAACAACAACAAAAUGCCAUGUUAUUCCAAAAUGUACAAAAACUUGCUCCAAAAAAACUACUAAGUGACAUUGGUUUUGGGAGAUAAACAUGGAUUUAGUGUUUACUUGAAAGAUUAUUCUUAAUUAUAUUAGAGUGGUUCACUUUAAGUGUCUUUUUACAAGAAGGAAGACAAAACAAAUAGACCAUUAGAACUCAGUAAAGGGUGACCACCAUUGCUUAAUAGAGGUGAAAAUUAUUACUGUCAGUAUCUAAGAAGAAAAAACUUUAGGACUUUAACAACCAACUGCUUAAUACAGGGUGACUGCUUGGUACGUUGCAGCGUAAUACAGGUUUGACUGUACUAGCUUGACUUAAAUGCAUUCCAUCAGACUUAACCCUUUACACCCCAACAUCAGUAUGCAUAUUCUUGUUCCUGUUCUCUAUACAUUUCCUAAAGUACUGACAAGGAGAAUUUGUUCAACAAUCUAGAGCUUCUUUAGUCUGUGAUCAUUUCCUUUAUUCUUAUGACUGUAAUGUGUAAUUCAGGGGUGGAUUGGCUUAACUUUUAAUAAAUGUCCUGUUCAGCAUAAGUAAAUAUGGCAAGCUAGAUUAACUUGCUGUUUUGCUUUUUCAGUAGCAUAAAAUUAAAACUGCUUGGUACUUUACCUUUUCACUCCCACGAGUGACCAGGAUAUAAUUUUUCCUUACAAUAUGAAAUACAAUGUCAAGACAGCAAGCACUGAAAUUAAAGGAAAAUAUCAAUCAUGGGAUUUUCAUUUGACCAUACACUAAAUUCAAGAACAAAAAUUGUUAGCAAUGUGUUGCAGACAGGAGGAAGAAUUAGUUAGUAAAUCUUGGGAGUGAAAAGGUUAAACCCCCAGGCAUCAAUCAUGUUACGGCACAAUUAGUCAGAAUUUUCAUUCAUAUAAAAAUUCUGGAUACUCAUUUUCAGUAUUGUUUUGUGCGAAUUUCUGUUGAUAGUUCAGACAUGUUAUUCAAUAACCUGGGAUUUUAUCUUUAUCUGCAUUACAGGGGCUGAAAUUGAGCAAAGAACUACAGCUUCCAUAGGUGCUGCUCGUCAAAAGAUUGGCAAAGAAAUCAGUGAGUUGAAUGAAAAACUGAAAGUGUGCAAAGAUGCUAUCCAACAAAUGAAAGCUGAAAUAGCAAAGCUUGAACAACAAGAAAUUGAGGGACCAGAACAGAGCAUGGCACCAAUGGUUGUGCAGUGA